CAGACUCAUACUGCCAUUCACUGUCAGUUUCGCCCCCGAGCGGAUGCCGCCUAGUCAACUCCCUUCUUAUAAAUUGUCUUUCUCCCUUCUCAUCCAAGCCCAGCCGACCACAGGAUCCCUACCUCCUCAAGUCGUGGCGGCACACUGUCUUGCCGGACGCAUCUAAUAGUCUUCACGGUUUAAUGAACAAUGCGGGGCAGCACCUUCUCUCCGGAGCCCUCUCCGGCCUGGCAUCUACCAUAACCCUACAACCUCUUGACUUGUUGAAAACACGCUUGCAGCAGGGAGACGGACGAGUAUCUGGAUCACGCCAUGCAGGUACAGUCGUCUCGCUCGCCCGCGACAUCGUUCGUCGCGACGGUGUUCUUGGCCUCUGGCGAGGAACAACGGCUACUCUACUCCGCAACGUCCCUGGCGUCGCCUUUUACUUCGCCGGCAUGAACCAAGUGCGCACGAUGCUCGCCGGGACGACCUACUUCGCUGCUGAAUCGGAACGUACGCGCUCGGGCUCAGUACUGCCAAAACUGAACAAGCAAGGCAACCUCCUCGCCGGCGCAUUCACCCGCGUAACAGUCGGCGCACUCCUAAAUCCAUUCACCGUGCUCAAGGCUCGAUAUGAGAGCAACUUUUACCAGUAUAGCAGUAUCUCCAGUGCAGUUCGCUCCUUGGUACGCGCAGGGCCGUCUGAGCUCUUCCGCGGUGUAGUCGCCACAUCACUCCGCGACGCGCCGUACGCCGGCAUAUUCGUGCUCUGCUAUGAACAGCUAAAACAUGAGAUAUCAAGCCUUGCAUUACCUAGCUCGUCGGCGCAGUCCGGGCUUGUACAUGGUAUAUCAGCCGCAACCUCAGGCGCCCUGGCCACGCUGGCCACCCACCCGUUAGACGUCGUGAAGACGAAGAUGCAGGUCCGUACAGAGGCAAAAUAUCAAGGUUUGCUUCGGAGCAUCCUUACAAUCCAACGAGAACGCGGGCUACUUGGGUUCUUCGACGGCGCGCUCCUCCGGCUCUCGCGCAAGCCACUCAACUCGGCGAUCGCAUGGGCGACUUACGAGGCCGUCUUGAUGUUGAUGCGGGAUCCAGAACCGCGAGAAGGUCGGGACUCUACAUGACGCAAACGUACUGUAUGUCCAAUCGUGCUUUGUCCACGAGCGUCACCGCGGCCCAAUGACAGAACACUCGACGGAAGGAUGACGAUGGAGAGCUCGCACUCACUGGCAGAGUAUUGUCCACGAUGACUGUACGAUAGUACGUCGUACUUCGUACUACUACGACCAGUACUACAUAAGUGAUUGAAAUACUAUCUCAAGGUCUGAAGUGACCACUCCACAUUGUCGGGAUUUGUCGUCCUUCCCAACAGGUUUUAGCAGAGUGUCCCGCCCCGCCGAAACGUGGAGCCUCUCGGGAAGUUGAAUCUAUGGUAGGGAUGGAAGGGGCGCCAGGUAGUCUAGUUACGGUACAGUAGUCCUAUGGGUAGCCAUGUUGUACCGUCGCCA